AAAUUUAGGCAAGCAAACGCCUGAAUAAUAAAAUAAGGCUAGGUGAUUGGGUUAACUAAAUCUGGUCUUGAGACUGGGCCACGGUCAUUGGCCAUGGCCCAUUUUAAAAGCUCUAGCAACUUCUCCUUCUCUCGCUUCUUUGUGCUUCGUUGAGUCGUCGAACGAGAAGAAAAAUCAGAAAUCGAUCAAAAUUCUUAAAAGGUCUCCUAUCGUUCGUUUUUGAAUUUUCCUUGCUAAAGACUGAGACCUGGAAUUCCUUGGGAAGGGAACUGGAAGAGCAAUGGGAAGCGCGCCCGCACAAAUUCCGACGAGCUUCGGACACGAACUCAGGGCUUGCCUUCGUUGCCGCCUCGUCAAAACCUACGAUCAGUUUAGGGAAUCAGGAUGUGAAAACUGCCCAUUCUUUAAGAUGGAUGAGGAUAAUGAACGCGUAGUCGAUUGCACCACUCCUAAUUUCAAUGGGAUAAUCUCUGUGAUGGACCCGACUAGAAGUUGGGCUGCUCGUUGGCUGCGAAUUGGAAGAUUUGUCCCUGGUUGUUACACUCUUGCAGUUUCAGAGGCACUUCCCGAGGACUUGCAGAAUUUAUGUGAAGAAGUGCACGUGCAGUAUGUACCACCAAAACGGGUAUGAGACAGAGAGAGUCUGGAUGACAUUGUUGGUAAGGAUUGAAAAACUGAAUUGCAUUUUACUGAGCAAUGUAGGAGGACAAAAGUAACUGUGUUGGAUAUUUUGCAAAAGCAUUGCUCUGUUUUUUUUUGGCCAAUAAAGUUUUUGCUCUGUUGGCUAACAAUGAAUUAUAACAGUUCCUGGGUUUGACAACCUUGUAAACAUACUAGUUAUCUACAAAAAGGUUUUGUAUUUGGUAGUUGGUGUUAAAAUGAACUUGUAUAAGUAAACUUUUUCAGAAUUUAGUUGGAAGAAGCAUGGAAUCUGGCAAAUUGGGUCCUAUUUCUGAAA